AUGCGUCUCUCUUCCCCUUUUAUCCGUUAUUAUCUUGGGGUGUAUGCAUGCGUUUAUUUAUAUUUAUAUUUAUUCUUAUCUUUUAUCCCUUCUUGUAAGACAACAACAGCAACAGCAACAGCAGCAGCAGCAGCAACAGAAGCAGCAACAGCAGCAGAAGCAACAGCAGCAGCAGCAGCAGAGGCAGCAGCAGAAUUUGAAUGGGAUGGACGGAUAGUUGCAUUAGGAGAUUUACAUGGCGAUGCAGAGAAUGCCUUAUUACUAUUAGAUGCCUUAGGGGUAAUAGAGAGCAGCAGCAGCAGCAGCAGCAGCAGCAACAGCAGCAGCAGCAGCAGCAGCAGCAGCAAGAGCAGCAAGAAAAAAUGGAUAGGAGGGAAGAAGACACUUCUUAUACAGACAGGAGAUAUAAUAGAUAGAGGACCUGAUGGUAAAAUACUUUAUGAUUUAUUUUAUGAUCUAAAAAAACAAGCAGAAAAAAAAGGAGACAAAGUUAUACAAUUAUUAGGCAAUCAUGAUGCUAUGAAUCUAUGUGGAGACUUCCGGUACGUGCACCCAAGUGAGACGGCUCAAUUUGGUGGUAUAAGAGGACGACAAUUAGCCUUCUCUGAUGAGGGGAAGUACGGGAAAAUGUUACGGUCUUUUUAUGCUGCAGUAAAUAUAAAUGGUAUAUCUAAAUAUGUUGCUAAUUCUCCGCAUGCAAUAGAGAUCAGCCCCAAUGGAGAUAUAUAUGAGGUGGCUGUACACCCCAAACAGCAGCACCAGCAGCAGCAGCAGCAGCAGCAGCAGCAGCAACAGCAGCAAGGGGAGGGAGAGGAGGAGGGGGAGGAGAAACCUUUUAUUGUAUCUAGACGUAAAUUAGAUACUGCUCCUCUCUCUUAUUAUAUACAGAAAAGGGAGAGGGAAGAAGCAGCAAAAAGGCAGCAGCAAGAACAAGAGCAGCAGCAACAGCAGCAACAGCAGCAACAGCAGCAAGAAGAAGAAGAAGAAACAGAGAGACAGGAAGAAGAGGAAGAAGAGGAAUUAUAUCUAGAGGAGGGAGAAGAAGAAGAAGAAGAAGAAAUAAUAUUUAACACUAAUAACAACAGCAGCAACAACAGCAGCAACAGCAGCAACAGCAGCAGCAACAGCAGCAGCAACAGCAGCAGCAGCAGCAGCAGGAGCAGGGUAGCACAAGAAGAGCUGUAG